CCCCUUCUCCCCAAAGCGGAGCCGCGGGGACAGGCGCUGGGGAGACGGCGGAGCGCUGCGCCCACCGCCCGCAGCUCUGUGAGUGCGUUUGGGAGCCCCCCAACCCCCCCACGUCGUGCAUCGGUGAGGACCCCCCCUGCAGCGAGGCGACAUGGCUCCCAUCGGACUGAAGGCUGUGGUCGGAGAAAAAAUUAUGCACGAUGUGAUCCGGAAGGUGAAGAAGAAGGGGGAAUGGAAGGUGCUGGUGGUGGACCAGCUCAGCAUGCGCAUGCUGUCCUCCUGCUGCAAAAUGACCGACAUCAUGACGGAGGGCAUCACCAUUGUGGAGGACAUCAACAAGCGCCGGGAGCCGCUGCCCAGCCUGGAGGCUGUCUAUCUCAUCACACCCUCUGAGAAGUCCGUCCACUCUCUCAUCAGUGACUUCAAGGACCCCCCCACCUCCAAGUACAGAGCAGCUCACGUCUUCUUCACCGACUCCUGCCCCGAUGCCCUGUUCAAUGAGCUGGUGAAGUCCCGUGCUGCCAAAGUCAUCAAGACCCUGACUGAGAUCAACAUCGCCUUCCUGCCCUCCGAGUCCCAGGUUUACUCCCUGGAUUCAGCAGACUCCUUCCAAAGCUUCUACAGCCCUCACAAGGCGCAGAUGAAGAACCCGAUCCUGGAGAGGCUGGCAGAGCAGAUUGCCACUCUGUGUGCCACACUGAAGGAGUACCCGGCCGUGCGGUACCGCGGGGACUACAAGGACAACGCCAUGCUGGCGCAGCUCAUCCAGGACAAGCUGGAUGCCUACAAGGCUGAUGACCCCACUAUGGGUGAGGGUCCGGACAAGGCUCGCUCUCAGCUCCUCAUCCUGGAUCGUGGUUUCGACCCCGCUUCCCCAGUGCUGCACGAGCUGACCUUUCAGGCCAUGAGCUAUGACCUGCUGCCCAUCGAGAACGAUGUCUACAAAUAUGAGACAAGUGGCAUCGGGGAGGCGCGGGUGAAGGAGGUUCUCCUGGAUGAGGAUGAUGACCUCUGGGUCUCCCUGCGCCACAAACACAUCGCCGAGGUGUCCCAGGAGGUGACCCGGUCCCUGAAGGAGUUCUCAUCAAGCAAGAGGAUGAACACAGGCGAUAAGACCACCAUGAGGGACCUGUCCCAGAUGCUGAAGAAGAUGCCACAGUACCAGAAGGAGCUGAGCAAGUACUCCACUCACCUGCACCUGGCCGAGGACUGCAUGAAGCACUACCAGGGCACGGUGGACAAGCUGUGCCGAGUGGAACAGGACCUGGCCAUGGGCACCGAUGCUGAAGGCGAGAAGAUCAAAGACCCCAUGAGGGCCAUUGUCCCCAUCCUGCUGGAUGGGAACGUCAGCACCUACGACAAGAUCCGCAUCAUCCUGCUGUACAUCUUCCUGAAGAAUGGUAUCACCGAGGAGAACCUGAACAAGCUGAUCCAGCACGCCCAGAUCCCAGCCGAGGACAGCGAGAUCAUCACCAACAUGGCCCACCUCGGGGUGCCCAUCAUCACAGACUCCACCCUGCGGCGCCGCAGCAAGCCGGAGCGGAAGGAGCGGAUCAGCGAGCAGACUUACCAGCUGUCCCGGUGGACCCCCGUCAUUAAGGACAUCAUGGAGGACGCCAUCGAGGACAAGCUGGACACCAAGCACUACCCGUACAUCUCCACCCGCUCCUCCGCCUCCUUCAGCACCACGGCUGUCAGUGCCCGCUACGGCCACUGGCACAAGAACAAGGCCCCCGGCGAGUACCGCAGCGGCCCCCGCCUCAUCAUCUUCAUCCUGGGGGGGGUGAGCAUGAACGAGAUGCGUUGCGCCUACGAGGUGACGCAAGCCAGCGGCAAAUGGGAGGUGCUAAUAGGGUCCACGCACAUCCUCACCCCACAGAAGCUGCUGGACACGCUGAAGAAGCUCAAUAAAACAGAGGAGGAGAGCAGCAGUUAAAAGAAAACGCCGCCAGACCCCCCCCCAACCCCGAUGCCGACUGUACCCCCAAUGGGCACCGGCCUGGGGCACACCCCUGUCCCAUCCCUGUCCCCAUCCCGGCCCGGCCGAGCUUUCUCUUGUUGUUGUGUUGAGCCCCCCCCCCCUCCCCCCCGCCGCCCCUCCAAAUCCCAUUUAACCGCAGGGAAGAGACAACGAAUGCAAACUUAUAAAGGAAAAACCCAAUGCAUCCCAUUUUAAAGAGGAAAAGAUAAAAAACCAUCAUUUAUCAUCUGUGCCCAUCUGAGGAUCUCCUUUCCCAGCACCCCCCCAUCGCUGGAGUGAAUGGUGGUGGCAAAAAGAACAGAAUCCCACCCCCCACCCUUCCCUGUGAGCUCCCUGGAUGGACCCACGGACAGACAGACCCACGGACAGACGGACCCAUGGCCUUACCCCCCCCCACCCUCUAUUACCCCCAUGGGUUGUGGUGCCACGGUCGGUGUUCUCUCACCGCUCACUCUAUGGGCAGAACCCCCCCACCCCCCACCGCCCCCUCCCCAGCAGAUGUGCUCCAACAUCUGGCACAGGGUGUGUGCGCGUGGGGGGGGGGAAAGGGGCUCACCUCAUGCUGCCCCCUCCCCCCCUCCUUUCCAACCCCCCCCAAAGGGACCAGAAGGGUCGGACCUGGCGCCGGGACCCUUUCCUUGCACGGCCCCCUCCCUGCCCCCCCCUCCCCCCAGGGUUCCCUACAACACACACACAUGCAUCCAUACCCCCCGCUAUGUGUGUGCCCAUGCAGGAAGCUAUGAGGCCCCCGCCCCGCUCGUGCCCCCCUCUUCCCCUCCCCAUCCCCCCCCCCCCCCCCCCCCCCCAAGCAGUGCCGCCCCCCCCAGCGGACUCUGUGUAUAUGACUCAAUGUGUCUCGUGCCGUUCUUACAGCUUGGUGUAUGGUGAUUGAACCAAACCUCCUCUUAUUUUGUACUCCCCCCCUCUUCCCCCCCCCCAGCCAAUAGACGCACUGCGAUAUUUUGGGGUUCUUCGUUUCGUUCUGUUCCCCCCCUGAAAGCUGUGACCCCCCCCCCCCCGUUCCCAUCCCCCCAACCCCUCUCUCUUUGCCUCGGUGGUGGUUUCCCCUUUCCUUUCCCCAUCUGCUCCUUGCCCAUAAAGUUAAAAGAUAUAUUUUUAGGGCAAAGGCUGUAUCAUUGCACUGAUAUUCGUCAGUUCCCCCCCCCCCCCCCCCGGCCCUCUUUGAGUUCCUUCAGUUUAGCGAUGCUUCAGGAUCCCCUCCGUUGGACGUUAUUAAUUGUUAAUUAUUAUUAUUAUUUUUUUUCUGUUACAGUUAUUUAUAUAAAAAAAUAAUUUAUCAAAAAGGAAAACUUAAAAAAAAACAAAACAAAACAAAAAAAAACCAAAAGAAAAAGAAAGCUAAGUCUGUCUUGGAACUUGUUUACCUUGAACUUACUGGAAACCUAAAUGUUUGGAAGUGUUGAAGCACAAACAUGUAUCAUCUCUGUAUAUCUGUUCUGUACUAAAGCACUCGGUGACUCAAUAAACGCGAUCUCCAUCUGUAGUGCA